GCCUAGCAGACUGCCUCAACUUAUCGCGUCCCGCCCGUUCUGGGCUCUUGUCCAGCCCCUUGCAGCUAUCAGGCCAAGACACUUGAGUUCCGUUGCUGCCUCUCCGUCCUCGGAAACAGCCAUCUCAGCUCCCGGUGCUGGUGUUGGCGCGGAGGCUAGGAGUGAGUCGCACGAGGAGACCAGGUCCGGAACUGCGAACACGGAAAAGUGAAGUGGCGGCUGUUGGAGUAGUAGCAGGAGCUGACGGAGGAGAAACGCACGACCUGGAGUCCAUCUGAGCUGAGCGAGAUCCUUAGACCCAGUUUCAGCACGAGAAGAACAGUGUUUUGGAAGAAUGAAAGCCUGAAGAGUUUGCAGUUGGUGUUUCAAGGGUUAUGAAAUGGUCUCUGCAAGAUGGUCUACCCUUGAAUUUGGAGAAUUUUAAUAUAUGCUGAUAUUUCAUCUUCUAUAAGUGGACUAUAAUUUUGUUUCUUAGCACAACUGCGUAAACAGACAAAAUAGCAAAGAUCUGUUCUAUGUCGAGUAUGACAGCCACAACUCGUAGCUCUCCAUUAGGAGGGAAUGACAGCCAGGGCCAGGCUUCUGAUGGACAGUCGGAGGCCCCCUUCCAGCAGAACCAGACCUCAUCACCUGUUUCCUCCAAUGAGAAUCUCCCAGUAACUCCCCCAGAUGAACAAGGUCAAGGUGAUGCCCCACCACAGCAUGGAGAUGAGGAACCUGCAUUUCCUCAUACUGACCUGGCAAAGUUGGAUGACAUGAUCAACAGGCCUCGAUGGGUUGUUCCUGUUUUGCCAAAGGGAGAAUUAGAAGUGCUUUUAGAAGCUGCUAUUGGUCUUAGUAAAAAAGGGCUUGAUGUUAAAAGUGAAGCGUGUCAACGUUUUUUUCAAGAUGGCCUUACAAUAUCUUUCACUAAAAUCCUCAUGGAUGAGGCAAUGAGUGGAUGGAAGUUUGAGAUUCAUAGAUGUAUCAUUAACAGUACUCAUCGCCUAGUGGAGCUUUGUGUGGCCAAGUUGUCUCAAGACUGGUUUCCACUCCUAGAACUUCUUGCCAUGGCCUUUAAUCCUCAUUGCAAAUUCCAUAUCUACAAUGGCACACGUCCAUGUGAAUCAGUUUCCACAAGUGUUCAGUUGCCUGAAGAUGAACUAUUUGCUUGUUCUUCAGAUCCUCAAUCACCAAAAGGUUGGCUAGUGGAUCUCAUCAAUAAAUUUGGCACGUUAAAUGGUUUCCAGAUUUUGCAUGAUCGUUUCAUUAAUGGAUCAGCGUUAAACAUUCAAAUAAUUGCCGCUCUUAUUAAACCAUUUGGACAAUGCUAUGAGUUUCUCAGUCAGCAUACAUUGAAAAAAUACUUCCUUCCAGUUAUAGAAAUAGUUCCACAGUUACUAGAAAAUUUAACUGAUGAAGAACUUAAAAAAGAGGCAAAAAGUGAAGCCAAAAAUGAUGCCCUUUCAGUGAUUACUAAAUCUCUGAGGAAUUUAGCUUCAAGGAUUCCAGGACAAGAAGAAACUAUGAAAAAUUUAGAAAUUUUUAGAUUGAAAAUGAUACUCAGAUUGUUGCAAAUUUCUUCUUUUAAUGGAAAAAUGAAUGCACUGAAUGAAAUUAAUAAAGUGAUAUCUAGUGUUUCGUAUUACACUCAUCGGCAUGGAAAUCCUGAGGAGGAAGAGUGGCUGACAGCUGAGCGAAUGGCAGAAUGGAUACAGCAAAACAAUAUCUUAUCCAUAGUCUUGAGAGAUAGUCUUCAUCAACCACAGUAUGUGGAAAAGCUAGAGAAAAUUCUUCGUUUUGUGAUUAAAGGAAAAGCUCUUACAUUACAAGACCUUGAUAAUAUCUGGGCAGCACAGGCAGGGAAACAUGAAGCCAUUGUGAAGAAUGUACAUGAUCUACUGGCAAAGUUGGCUUGGGAUUUUUCUCCUGAACAACUUGAUCAUCUGUUUGAUUGCUUUAAGGCAAGUUGGACAAAUGCAAGUAAGAGGCAACGUGAAAAGCUGCUUGAGCUGAUAUGUCGUCUUGCAGAAGAUGAUAAAGAUGGUGUGAUGGCACAUAAAGUAUUGAACCUUCUUUGGAAUCUGGCCCAUAGUGAUGAUGUGCCAGUAGACAUCAUGGAUCUAGCUCUCAAUGCCCAUGUAAAAAUAUUAGAUUAUAGUUGUUCCCAGGAUCGAGACACACAAAAGAUCCAGUGGAUAGAUCGCUUUAUAGAAGAACUUCGCACAAAUGAUAAGUGGGUAAUUCCUGCCCUGAAACAAAUAAGAGAAAUUUGUAGUUCAUUUGGUGAAGCACCUCAGAAUUUGAGUUCUUCUCAUUUCAGUCGAACUCAGCAAAAUCCCCACAUAUUUUAUCGUUGUGACUUAAUCAACCAACUUCAGCACAAUCAUGCCUUAGUUACUUUGGUAGCAGAAAACCUUGCAGUUUAUAUGAACAACAUGAAGUUAUAUGCUGGAGAUCAUGAAGACUAUGACCCUCAAACUGUGAGGCUUGGAAGUAGAUAUAGUCACACUCAAGAAGUCCAAGAACGACUUAACUUUCUUAGAUUUUUAUUGAAGGAUGGUCAGCUGUGGCUCUGUGCUCCUCAGGCAAAACAGAUAUGGAAGUGCUUAGCAGAGAAUGCAGUUUAUCUUUGUGAUCGUGAAGCCUGUUUUAAGUGGUAUUCCAAAUUAAUGGGGGAUGAGCCAGACUUAGAUCCUGAUAUUAAUAAAGACUUCUUUGAAAGUAAUGUGCUUCAACUUGAUCCUUCCCUCUUAACUGAAAAUGGAAUGAAAUGUUUUGAAAGAUUCUUCAAAGCUGUUAAUUGUCGAGAAGGGAAACUAAUAGCAAAAAGAAGAGCCUAUAUGAUGGAUGAUUUGGAAUUAAUAGGAUUAGACUACCUUUGGAGGGUCGUGAUUCAGAGUGAUGAUGACAUUGCCAGCAGAGCUAUAGAUCUUCUCAAAGAGAUAUACACAAACCUUGGCCCCAGGUUACAGGUCAAUCAGGUGGUUAUCCAUGAAGACUUCAUUCAAUCUUGCUUUGAUCGUUUGAAAGCCUCAUAUGAUACUUUGUGUGUUUUGGAUGGUGACAAAGACAGUAUUAAUUGUGCAAGACAGGAAGCCAUUCGAAUGGUUCGAGUAUUAACAGUUUUAAGGGAGUACAUAAAUGAAUGUGACAGUGACUAUCAUGAAGAAAGAAUGAUUCUACCUAUGUCAAGAGCAUUUCGUGGCAAACACCUCUCUCUUAUAGUUCGGUUUCCAAACCAGGGUAGACAGGUUGAUGACUUGGACAUAUGGUCUCAUACAAACGAUACAGUUGGUUCAGUACGUCGAUGUAUUCUCAAUCGUAUUAAAGCCAAUGUAGCCCAUACAAAAAUAGAAUUGUUUGUGGGUGGUGACCUGAUUGAUUCUGAAGAUGACAGAAAGCUAAUUGGACAAUUAAACUUAAAAGAUAAAUCACUAAUUACAGCCAGACUUACACAAAUAAAUUUCAGCAUGCCUUCAAGUCCCGAUAGCUCUUCUGAUUCCUCAACUGGAUCUCCUAGAAACCAUUGUAAUCACUACAGUGAUGGCCCCAAUCCAGAAGUGGAAAGUUGUUUGCCAGGGGUGAUAAUGUCACUGCAUCCCAGAUAUAUAUCUUUCCUUUGGCAAGUUGCAGACUUAGGAAGCAGCCUGAAUGUGCCAGCUCUUAGAGAUGGAGCAAGAGUACUUAUGAAACUUAUGCCACCGGAUAGCACAACUAUACAAAAAUUAAGAGCUAUUUGUUUGGACUAUGCAAAACUUGGAAAAAGUAACCUUGAUCCAUCUCUUAACUCACUUUUCUUUGGUCCUUCAGCCUCUCAAGUUCUGUACCUAACAGAGGUGGUUUAUGCCUUGUUAAUGCCUGCUGGUAUAUCUCUGGCUGAUCGUUCCACUGACUUUCAGUUUCACUUCUUGAAAAGUGGUGGCUUACACCUUGUACUGAGUAUGCUAAUAAGAAAUAACUUCUUACCAAAUACAGAUACAGAAACUCGAAAGGGUGCUUACUUCAAUGCUCUUAAAAUAGCCAAACUGUUGUUAACUGCCAUUGGCUAUGGCCAUGUUCGAGCUGUAGCAGAAGCUUGUCAGCCAGUUGUAGAUGGUGCAGACCCUAUAACACCGAUUAACCAAGUUACUCAUGAUCAAGCAGUAGUGCUACAAAAUGCCCUUCAGAGCAUUCCUAAUCCUUCAUCUGAGUGCAUGCUUAGAAAUGUAUCGAUACGUCUUGCCCAGCAAAUAUCUGAUGAGGCUUCAAGAUAUAUACCUGAUAUUUGUGUGAUUAAAGCUAUUCAAAAAAUCAUCUGGGCAUGUGGAUGUGGGGCAUUAGAGCUAGUAUUUAGCCCAAAUGAAGAAAUCACUAAAAUUUAUGAGAUGACCGCCAGUGCAAGAAAAGAACCGGAGGUGGAAGAUGAACAGGUUUGCUGUGAAGCAUUGGAAGUGAUGACAUUAUGUUUUGCUUUAAUUCCGACAGCCUUGGAUGCACUUAGUAAAGAAAAAGAUUGGCAUACGUUCAUCAUUGACUUACUAUUGCACUGUCCCAGCAAAACUAUUCGUCAGUUGGCACAGGAGCAUUUUUUUUUAAUGUGCACCAGAUGUUGUAUGGGACACAGGCCUCUGCUCUUCUUCAUUACUCUACUCUUUACCAUUUUGGAGAGCACAGCAAGAGAGAGAGGUAAACAUUCGGGUGACUAUUUCACACUUUUACGGCACCUUCUUAAUUAUGCUUACAAUAGCAAUAUUAAUGUUCCCAAUGCUGAAGUUCUUCUCAACAAUGAAAUUGAUUGGCUCAAAAGGAUUAGGGAUAAUAUUCAAAACACAGGUGAAACAGGUGUUGAAGAGCAUAUCUUGGAAGGACACCUUGGGGUAACAAAAGAGUUGUUGGCCUUCCAAACGCCUGAGAAAAAGUAUCACAUUGGUUGUGAAAAUGGAGGUGCAAAUCUUGUUAAAGAAUUAAUUGAUGAUUUCAUCUUUCCUGCAUCGAAAGUUUACCUGCAAUAUAUGAGAAAUGGAGAACUGCCAGCCAAGCAGGCUAUUCCAGUCUGUAGUUCACCAGUAACCAUCAUUGCUGGUUUUGAACUACUUGUAACAUUAGCUGUUGGCUGUGUAAGGAAUCUCAAACAUAUAGUAGACUGUUUGACUGAAAUGUAUUACAAAGGCACAGGAAUAACUACUUAUGAAGCACUUGCUGAGUGGGAAUACCUGCCACCUGUUGGACCUCGCCCACCAAAAGGAUUUGUGGGACUCAAAAAUGCAGGUGCUACUUGUUACAUGAAUUCUGUGAUCCAGCAGCUGUACAUGAUUCCUUCCAUCAGAAAUAGUAUUCUUGCAAUUGAAGGCACAGGUAGUGAUAUAGAUGAUGAUAUGGUCAGGGAUGAGAAGCAGGACAGUGAGAGUAAUGUUAAUGUUCGAGAUGAUGUGUUUGGAUAUCCUCAUCAAUUUGAAGACAAACCAGCAUUAAGUAAAACCGAAGAUAGGAAAGAGUACAAUAUUGGUGUGCUAAGACACAUUCAGGUCAUCUUUGGUCAUUUAGCUGCUUCCCAACUACAAUACUAUGUGCCUAGAGGAUUUUGGAAACAGUUCAGACUUUGGGGUGAACCUGUUAAUCUCCGUGAACAACAUGAUGCCUUAGAGUUUUUUAAUUCUUUGGUAGAUAGUUUAGAUGAAGCUUUAAAAGCAUCAGGCCAUCCAGUUAUGCUGAGUAAAGUCCUAGGAGGUUCCUUUGCAGACCAGAAGAUUUGCCAAGGCUGUCCACAUAGGUACGAAUGUGAAGAAUCUUUUACCACUUUGAAUGUGGAUAUUAGAAAUCACCAAAAUCUUCUUGAUUCUUUGGAACAGUAUGUCAAAGGAGAUUUAUUGGAAGGUGCAAAUGCAUAUCGUUGUGAAAAAUGUGAUAAAAAGGUUGAUACGGUAAAACGCUUGCUAAUUAAAAAAUUACCUCCUGUUCUUGCUAUCCAACUGAAACGAUUUGACUACGACUGGGAAAGAGAAUGUGCAGUCAAAUUCAAUGAUUAUUUUGAAUUUCCACGAGAGCUGGAUAUGGAACCUUAUACAGUAGCAGGUGUUGCAAAGCUGGAAAUAGACAAUGUAAAUCCAGAGAGUCAGUUGAUUCAGCUGAAUGAGCAGUGUGAAAGUGAGACGGCAGGAAGCACAAAAUACAGACUUGUAGGUGUGCUUGUACACAGUGGUCAAGCAAGUGGUGGACAUUAUUAUUCUUACAUCAUUCAAAGAAAUGAUAAAGAUGGUGAGAGAGAUUGCUGGUAUAAAUUUGAUGAUGGAGAUGUAACAGAGUGUAAAAUGGAUGAUGAUGAAGAAAUGAAAAAUCAGUGUUUUGGUGGAGAGUACAUGGGAGAAGUAUUUGAUCAUAUGAUGAAGCACAUGUCAUACAGGCGGCAGAAAAGGUGGUGGAAUGCUUAUAUACUUUUCUAUGAACGAAUGGACACAAUAGAUGAAGAGGAUGAGAUGAUAAGAUCUGUAUCAAAGCUAGCUAUCACAAGACAGCAUCAGAUUAUUAUGUCACCAGCCAUUGAGAGAAGUGUACGGAAACAAAAUGUGCAAUUCAUGCAUAAUCGAAUGCAGUACAGUAUAGAGUAUUUUCAGUUUGUGAAGAAGCUGCUUACAUGUAAUGCUGUUUAUUUAAACCCUGUUCCAGGACAAGAUCACUUGUUGCCUGAAGCAGAAGAAAUAACUAUGAUUAGUAUUCAACUUGCUGCUAGAUUCCUCUUUACUACUGGAUUUCACACCAAGAAAAUAGUUCGUGGCCCUGCCAGUGACUGGUAUGAUGUAUUGUGCAUUCUCCUUCGUCACAGCAAGAAUGGACGUUUUUGGUUUGCUCAAAAUGUCCUUUUUAAUGUUUCAAAUCGCUUCUCUGAGUAUCUUCUGGAGUGCCCUAGUGCAGAAGUGAGGGGUGCAUUUGCAAAACUUAUAGUAUUUAUUGCUCAUUUUUCCUUGCAAGAUGGGUCUUGUCCUCCUCCUUUUGCAUCUCCAGGUCCUUCUAGUCAGGUGUGUGAUAACUUGACGUUGAGUGAUCACUUACUAAGAGCAGUACUAAAUCUCCUGAGAAGGGAAGUUUCAGAGCAUGGGCGUCAUUUGCAGCAAUAUUUCAAUUUGUUUGUAAUGUAUGCCAAUUUAGGUAUAACAGAAAAGACACAGCUUCUGAAAUUGAGCAUACCUGCUACCUUUAUGCUUGUGUCCUUAGAUGAAGGACCAGGUCCUCCAAUCAAAUAUCAGUAUGCUGAAUUAGGCAAGUUAUAUUCAGUAGUGUCUCAGCUGAUCCGUUGUUGCAAUGUCUCAUCAAGAAUGCAAUCUUCAAUCAAUGGUAAUUCCCCUCUUCCCAAUCCUUUUGGUGACCCUAAUUUAUCACAGCCUAUAAUGCCAAUUCAGCAGAAUGUGGCAGACAUUUUAUUUGUGAGAACAAGUUAUGUGAAGAAAAUUAUUGAAGACUGCAGUAACUCAGAGGAGACCAUCAAGUUACUUCGUUUUUGCUGCUGGGAGAAUCCUCAGUUCUCUUCUACUGUCCUCAGUGAACUUCUCUGGCAGGUUGCAUAUUCAUACACUUAUGAACUUCGGCCAUAUUUGGAUCUACUUUUGCAAAUGUUACUGAUUGAAGACUCCUGGCAGACUCACAGAAUUCAUAAUGCACUUAAAGGAAUCCCACAUGACCGAGAUGGGCUAUUUGAUACAAUCCAGAACUCUAUGAAUAAUCAAAAAAGAGCAUAUCAGUGUAUAAAAUGUAUGGUAGCUCUAUUUAGCAAUUGUUCUGUUGCUUACCAAAUCUUACAGGGUAAUGGAGAUGUUAAAAGAAGGUGGACCUGGGCUGUGGAAUGGCUUGGAGAUGAACUUGAGAGAAGACCAUAUACUGGCAAUCCUCAGUACACUUACAACAAUUGUUCUCCAGUACAAAGCAACGAAACAUCAAAUGGUUAUUUCUUAGAAAGAUCACAUAGUGCUAGGAUGACACUUGCAAAAGCUUGUGAACUGUGUCCAGAGGAGGAGCCAGAUGACCAAGAUGUCCCAGAGGAGCUUGAUGCCCCAUUAUAUCCUCAUUCAGCUGGAUCUCAGUAUCAACAGAAUAAUCAUGUGCGUGGACAGCCAUAUACUGGGCCAGCAGCACAUCAAUUGAACAACCCUCAGAAAAGUGGCCAACAAGCACAAGAAAAUUAUGAAGGCAGUGAAGAAGUAUCCUCACCUCAAAUGAAGGACCAGUGAAAUGCACAUAAUUAAAACUGUUUCCUUUAUGACCAUGCACUCAGGCCUUAUAGUCCAAACUUUUUCUGUGCCUCGCUAGUAUUUAAAACUAGAGAAACUAUUCCAAAGUAACAUGGAGUGGAGACUGUAUUCACUGUCUCAUUUUCAGAAAUUUGCUGUCAGUAUAUAAGCCACCUGCAGGGGAAAUUAUAUAGUGUUUUAUAGUAAAUGUCCGAUACUAAAAUGUAAAUGGCAGAGGUGAAUAUAAUAUAUUAAUGUUUGACUGUUAAUUCAUAAACAAGAAACUUUUUUGAAGAGUCAGAGAUAUACAGAAAUAGAAAAAUUAAUUUUCUUGUUAUGCCCACUGUAUUCUGCAGCCUGUAUGGCCUGCUUUACAGCAGUCAGAACAACUCCUUUACCAAAAAAAGAAAAAAAAGGAUGUAAAAGAGCCCAUCUGCAUCAGUCACACCAAUAGUUUCUUGCUAAUUCUUUAUUAGUGGAUAUGUAAGGCUGGUAGUUAACCUUUGAAUUAUAUGGUUGAUGUGGAAAAUUGGUGAUGUAACAUUGUUUCUAGAUAUUUUCAUUACCUUUUUAUUCUGGUAUUAGGCUAAUCACUUUAAAUCUGUAGUUAUGCUGUAACAUUUAGCAUGGCUUCAUGCCAAGUUUGUGUAGCCAGUGGGGACAGAAUUACCUGAAUGACAGUAGUUCUUCCAAAGCUCAGUGCUUUUAUUUCUUCUACCUAGAAUAAAUAUAAAAUGGAGAGAAAUGUGGCAAACAAGCAGUUUAUAGAUGCACAUAAUUCUUCACAUUUAAUAUUUGAUAGUCUCUUAAUGGGAAAAAGCAUAUCAAAGUAUCAAUAACAGGAAGUUUAAAAUAUUAAAACAAAUAAGCAAAAUUUUACUAUGUCAGAAUUUUUGAAGCAUAAUAGAAGACUAUUUGGUGUGCUCAUUUUGCGGGGUUUUUUUAGUAGAAUUUUUAGAUGAAGCCUCUGAAACUUUGCUUCUGCUGGAUCUCAGUGAAGUGGACAUCAUCAGAAUCCAGAAUCCACCAUACUUUGAAGUACCAUUGUAUUCAGAUGUCUGGCUGAUUUUCCAUUCUAGUCAGUCAGUUUUACUUGAAAGAAAAAACAUGUUCUAGUUCUUUUUUCAUUAUUCCCAAAUUCUUAUUGUUAGAUAUAGGGUCCACUUAAUACAUAAACUUCUGUUUAAUAAAUAUAAUUCUGAGGUAUCAUUUUAGAAUAAACACUUGUUUAAAGAUUCCAGGAAACUUAUGCAUUAAUACCAUAUUUAAAAGAGAAUUGGUAACUUUUGAAUGUGUGUAAUAUUUUCAAACCUGUCUAAAAACCAAAUAUCCCUGCAGAUACUACCCAUCCUAUACUAUUUAAAUAUUUUGCUGUUUUG